UUUAACCUUCUUGCACGUCGUUUCCACGCUAAUAAAUUUUUCUAAUACAAUUUGUUCGUUUUGUGCCUUGGAAGACGUGGAUAAGAAGCUGUUGAAGAGGCUUUCUUUGUAUGGAGGGUGCAAAGGGACUGUACGCAGAGGGCAUCGCAGCUGGAUUGUUGGAAGAUCGCGGCAAAUGCGCAGAAUGUCUUAAACAUUGCAGCACUGAUGUAAUAAUUCGAAAUCGAAUUAUUAAAUUCUAGAAUUUGUCGGCUUAUUUGAUUGCAGGGCAGGGAAUUUGGGCACAGAAGAAGAAAAUGGGGGCAAGAUUCUGUCUUGGAGUGGAUCGGGAGGGGGAUCGGGUUGGGGUGAUACAGAAGGUAGAAGAUUGAGAUGCUUGGGAGGUAAUUGAUUUGUGAAGAUCCUAAGGGAGGAUUUUGAGGCGUUUCUGUGAGAUUUUGGCAGGCAUGACGGCCGUGGAGGGAGACGAGAGAGUGAUUGCUGCGGCGCAGCAUAUUGUGAGAAGCCUGGGCACAACUGCGAACAUGACUAAUGAUAUGCUGAAGAUAUUUUCGAGCUUUGACAAUCGGUUUUCCAGCAUGAGCGAACAGAGCCUUGCGCAGGCGCGCAGUGAAAUUGAAGAAAGGUUGGCAUUUGCGGAAGAAAUGGUGUUGCGGUGGGACAUGAAUUCUUCUGAAGCCGCGCGGCAGUCUAUGAUCUGGGAAGGGGCGCCCGAUGAGGCGGCUUCUUAUUUGCACGCCGUUGAUGAAGUUCAUCGCUUGAUGGAGAGCCUCGCCACGCGUUCGCUUCCUGAAAAUGUGAAUGAUAAUAAUAAUGGUGGUGGAAAUGAUCUAAUAGGUCGUGCUCAGAAUGUUCUGCAUAUUGCUAUGACGCGGUUGGAGCUGGAGUUUCGUAAUAUUUUGGAUCAGGAGAGUGGAGUUUUCGAGGCUGAGCGGCUGUACGAGAGAAAUCAGGGUCCCGUGUCUAGGGUUUCGUUUUGUUCUUCUUCUACUCACGAGGAGGAUUUGGUGGACGAUGCAUCCAUCAGUUCUCCUGCAAAUGUAAACGGCAAUGGCGAUCGUGAGAAUGUCAACGUCAUCUUGGAUUUAAUAGCUCCUGAGGUAAUUCCCGCCCUGAAAGACAUUGCUGAGCGUAUGGUUGCUUGUGGUUAUACGGAGGAGUGUUGUCAGGUUUACAUUUGUGUCCGUAGACAUGUUCUAGAGGAGAGCCUGUAUCGUCUUGGCAUAGAGAAGCUUAGUAUAGAAGAAAUUCAGAAGAUGGAUUGGGAAUGUCUGGAAGGGAAGAUGAAGAAAUGGAACCAGGCUGCAAAGAUUGCAGUGGGAGUUGUUAUGGCGAGUGAGAAGCACCUGUGUGAGCAGAUAUUUGGGGAAUUGGGAUGCGAGGACGGCACCUUUGUGGAGACUGCCAAAGGGGGUAUUAAACAGCUUCUUAAUUUCAGCGAGGCGGUGGCCAUCAGCCGCAGGUCCCCAGAAAGGCUUUUCAGGAUCCUUGAUAUGUAUGAGUGCCUCUCGGAUCUUUUACCAGAUAUUAAUUCUAUAUUUUCUGACGAGUGCUCUGUGAGUACCAGCAUCAGAGUUGAGGCUCUUGGAAUUUUGAGGCGCCUAGGGGAAGCGGUGAAGGGUACUUUUGUGGAAUUUGAGAAUGCUAUACAGAGAGAGACUUCGAGGACUCCAAUCCCCGGCGGGGCUGUUCAUCCCUUGACUCGCUAUGUCAUGAAUUAUAUAAGAUUUCUUUUUGACUACACAGAUACUUUGAAACACCUUAUUGCCAAUGAGGGAAAGGAAAAGGAAAAAGGAGAUGCUAAGAGGCGGAUUUCCAAUGACUUCCUGGAUUCUUCUGAGGAUGAUUGUCAGGGCGACAGUUUAAGCAGCUCACCUUUGGCUCAUCGCCUCUUAUCUAUUACAUUGUUGCUUGAAUCGAAUUUAGACGGGAAAUCAAAAUUGUACAAGGACCUUUCACUUUCACAUCUUUUCUUGAUGAAUAAUGUUCAUUACAUUGUUCAGAAAGUUAAAAGCUCCGAGCUUAGGACUCUUCUUGGUGAUGACUGGUUAAGAAAGCACAGUGGCCAGGUCCGUCAGCACGCGACAAAUUAUCAAAGAGCAGCUUGGAACAAGGUAUUGUCUUGCCUGAGAGAUGAAGGAAUUUCUAUUGCCGGAAAUUUUUCCAAUAAAGUUUCGAAGGAUGCUCUUAAAGAACGUUUCAAGAGUUUUAAUUCUGCAUUUGAAGACGUGUAUCGGAAUCAGACUGCAUGGUUGGUUCCAAAUCCUCAGCUCCGUGAGGAGCUACGCAUAUCUAUUGCAGAGAAACUCCUCCCAGCUUAUCGAUCCUUCACGGGAAGAUUCAGGAGCCAUUUGGAAAGUGGAAGGCAUGCAGAAAGGUACAUGAAAUACACAGCUGAAGACUUGGAGAACUACCUAUUAGACUUGUUUGAAGGCUCACCAGGUUCCAUGGGUCGGAGAAGGUCUUCAUGAGGGUUGUAUCAUCCUAUUUAUGUUGUAUAAUCCUAUUUCUUUUCCUGCUUCCCAAAUUUCCCUGCUUUCGAUUUUGUUCAUUUACUCUUACACUUGUUAAAGAAUGGAAGGUACGCUAGAACCAGAUCCAUACCUCAUUAUGUAUGAAUUUUUAGUUAGGACCAGUUGUGUGCCUCAUGAUCUAUGCAGAUUGAUGCUUUCUGUGGAAACACCUAUGUAUAAAGGCGUUUCAGGUUCACUGGUGUAGUAUCCUAAUGUACUUGUAAAAGUUGAUAUUACUUGUUAUGUUCAGCAAUUUUUCUUUGUUUUUGAAUGGGCGAUAAGCUAAAGAAUUUAAAUUGACAUUUUUGAAAGGAAUUCGAUUCGGUUGCUUUAGCCUUUGA